AUGCAUGCAGCAGCAGCAGGGGUUGCUGCUGCUACUUCUGCUGCUGGGGCCGACCAGCACCGACACGGAGGGAGAAAGGAGAAGGAAUCACCAGACCAUCAGCAGCAGCCGCCAGAAGCAACAGAGACAGCAGCCAUAAACACAGCAUCCAGCGCUACAGCGGCAGACGCCUCGUUUGCUGCUCCUGCUGCUGCUCCUAACAGCAGCAGCAGCAGCAGCAGGAACCCAUGCAUUAUCCUGAAGCCACCGGACGCAACGCCUGGAGGUGCUGAGAGGCGGCGUUUGGUUCGCUCUGGGCAUCCUUGGGUCUUCGAUUUCGAAAUAGAAAAUAUAAAGCACUUCAACAAAAUGCAAACGGGAAAACUGCUGCCGGUUUAUGACUGCGAUGCUUCCACGACGCAUGCUAGUAUUGCUGCUGCUACUGCUGAUACUGCUGCCUCUACGGGUUGCGGGGAGAGGGAGAGGGCCCUGAGGAGCAGCAACAGCUGCAGCAGCAGAAACACCUGCAGCAGCAGCAACAGCAGCAACAGUAGCAGAAGUAACAACGCCUUCGACGUUCCGAAUGAAGAAGCCGUCGGCGAACUUCUUUGCGAUCGGUUUCGUGCUGCAGUCCAUCGCCGACGCCUGCGUUAUGCGCGGCAGUCUCUACCUGCUGACAGUAUCAGCGCUAGCAGCAACAGGAACAACUGCAGCAGCAGCAGCAGCAGCAGCAGCAACACCACGGGGUUGCCGAAUGUCUGGCGUGCGGUAGAUGGGGAAGCAGACGGAUUGCCCGGCGUUGAAGUCGAUGUCUAUGGAUCGGUUGGUGUCACCGUUAUCUGGCUGCUGCUGUUUGCUGCGGCUGCCCUUGCUGCAGUGCUCCGUCUGUCUUCUCAGUCUGUGUUGCCUCAUAGAGACAUCUUCGUGGCUUUGGUGGAGGAGACAAUCAGCCCGGCGACUCUUUCUGUGCAGACCCUGAAAUCUAAAAAGGAAAAACUUGCACAAGGAGGGGCGGAGUACGUGAGCGAGCUCGUGUUGGGAUCGGAUCCCGUGGCAUGGGUCUCUGCUUGGGGUUUAUCUCAGCCGGUGCAUUUAUUUUUUCCUCCUUUUGCAACAUGCUCUACCCACACUCUGCAGCUGCUGCCGCUGCUGCGUAGACACUGCGCGGGCGCCACGGUGCUCUCCGUGAACGGAUCGUCCAAGGGGAUCGGGAUCGGCUGCUGUUACAGCAACAGCAACAACAGCAGCAGCAGCAGCAGCAAUUGUUCCUCCCUACCGUUUGAGCAUUCCAGCAAUGACGGUAGAGGCGAAGCCGAUGGAACAACGCAGACAACACAAACAGUUUUAUCUGCAGCAGAGCAAGAAGGAGCUGCAAGUCUUGUAAUGCUCGAGUCGUCGCACACCGUGCAUACGCUCAACGAAAAGGCAACAGCAGCAAACAAACUUUCCUCGGCUGUUUCUUGCGUCCACACCGAGGAUGUCCUUAAAGAGCUGACUACCAUGAAGGCUUCUGCUCUCAGGUUUCGCGGAGUAUACAUACACCUGAGCCCGAAUGUGCGGUUCUCUGCGGCUGAACGAGGCGGACAGUUUGGGCGUUGGUUUCGGCCGUCUUUGCGGGGCCUCGAGUCGCAGUGGAGUGCAGCAGCAGCACUUGUGGAGAGAGGUGGUUUGCUAGCGACUUCGUUACUGCUGCCCGUACACCUCAGCUCGUGGGCACUGCGCAGUCUGUGUCGAGCUGCAGAGACAGCCGGGAAGAAACCCUCUCUGGUGUUCACAAGCGUGGCUUCGCCAGACUCAAGGAUGAUGACGGUGCAGACAGACCUGUGGAAGGAAGAGGUGUUUUGUCUGCUGUUGCGCUGA